AUGUUGUCUCGUACAUCAAUUCGUGCAUACAGCACCAUACCUAAUGCCAUUAAGAUUUCUGCUAAAGAUUCAGUAAAUGAUUUAACUAAAUUAGCAGUUGUAAUUGACAAUGCAGGUGCUAAAAAUGGAAAACAUGGUACAUCACAUUUAUUAUCAAAAUUUGCAUUUUUAAGUAAUGCAAAUAAAUCAGCUUUACGUUUCACAAGAGAAUCUGAAUUAUUGGGUGGUGAUUUUUCAGCAAAACCAUCAAGAGAUGCAUUAAUUUUAGAAACUAAAUUUUUAAAACAAGAUUUACCAUAUUAUAUUGAAGAAUUAGGAAAUGUAUUAUCCAACACUAGAUAUACCCGUCAUGAAUUCGAUGAAGUAGUGUUACCAGCUGCUAAAUAUGAAGCACAAUAUGCUCAUUCCCACUCUCUUUUCACUGGGGUAGAUAAAUUACAUGAAAUAUCUUUUAGAAAAGGUUUAGGUAAUCCAUUAUAUUACAAUCCAUCAACACCAAUUGAGGUUGAUGAAUUAGCUCAAUUUGCUGAAGAGAAUUUUACUGGAGAAAAUAUUACCAUAUACGCUGAAGGUGCAGAUGAAGCUGACUUAAGCAAAUUUGUGGAAGAAUCAGCUUUCUCAUACUUAUCAAAAGGAACAAAAAAUGAUACUGUACCAACAACUUUUCAUAAAAAUCAAGAAGCCAGAAUACCUGCCACUGGUGCAUCUACUGCCUUAAUUGGUAUUCCAAUUAAACCAGCUGAUUUCGGUAAAUAUUUGACAUUAGCAGCAGCAAUCGGUACUCAUAAAUUACCAACAAUUACUGGUCCAUUAUCAAAAAUCCCAGGUGCAACAUCACAAGUACAUAAACAUAAAGAAGCUGGUUUAUUUGUUAUAUCAGUAACAGGUAAAGCAAGUGAGGUAGCUGAAGGUAUAAAACAAGCUAAAAAAGUUGCUGAAUCAGUAAGCUCAACUGAUUUACAAAACUCAGUUAAAUUUGCAGAAUUAUCUGUUGCAUUACAAUCUUCAUUAUCAAAACCAUUAGAUAUAAAAGUUUCAGCUUCACAAGCUCCAAUAAAAGAUUUCAAUUAUGUUGCAGUAGGUGAUUUGAAUGUAUUACCAUUUGCUUCAGAUUUGUAA